AGUGUUAAAUCAUCGUUCAGAAGACCUGUGAAAUCUUCUUAGUGUUCAUAAAAAGCAAAAAAAAUAGAAACAUGCAAAUAAUAUUAUGCUGAUAGAAGAAAAAGUUAAUCAAUCAAACAAAAUUUAAAUAAUAUAACCCUGUUAAUUUUUAGCGAAAAAAGUUAUAGUUCACUAGAUUUCUCGAUAGAAAAAAUAGAUCUUUGAAUGUAGUUCAAGCGAUAGCUGAUGUAAAAUUAGUAAGCAAUUAAAGUUCUAAAAUUUAAGCUUCUUGGAAAAGGAAAAAAAAAUCUUAAAAUCUAAUCACUGCCUAAUUCAUUCGAGAAAGUCACACGGAUUUUAAAAGUGCUAAUCAAAAGUGUUUUGAUCGAAAGAAAGAAAAUCGAAAAAAAAAACAAGUCAUUCUUCUUGUUUUGACUUACGAAAAAAAUCCGGAAGGAAAACAGAGCAAAAUUCUAGUGAAAGCAGCCGAUCGGUGUCAAUAAUUCAUCAAGAAAGGGAAACUUUUCUGGCGCCGGAGGAGGAAUGAAAAGUCAGAACCCAUUAUUAUCAAAAGGGCAAUCGUCACCACAGAUCCCUACGACAGUAGAAGUAGCAGCAGCAGCAUCCGAAACAGGAACCGGAACAGCGAUAGAAUCAGUUGCAUCAGAAUCUGCUGCCACCGGAUUCGCAUCCGCUUCUCCGAGUUGCCACCCUUCGGCCGAUAACUGGGCUUAUCCAGAAUCUGGAGAAGCGGCGGCCGGCAACCACAUCAUCAUCACGACGGCUGUUUCUGCUUUCGCUGAUAUUGACAGCUGCAACUCGAACAGCUGCGGCAGCACAAAUACCACCUUUUCCACGGCAUCCAUACUCCGGAAACGGCACCGGCGAAUGAGUAGCGGCUUCCAUAGGCAUCGUCAUAAAAGACAUCCCGCCGAGCAGGACCAAGGGACGGAUUGCUCCUCAUCCCGUCACCAAAGCCAAAGCACAGUAGCUCCGAUGGCAGCCCCGAUAGAUUAUGAAGCAAAUCGUUUACCGAAUACCCGGCAACCGGUUCAAACCCUGAGACCCGUUGCAGAUGACGACGAUGUUGACAGGUUCCCCUACCAAUGCCAUUCUUCAUCGCCGUCGUCGUCGUCAACCCGCACAACUUUUUUCAGCACCUUCGAAGCACAUCGAAGCUGGCGGCGGCGAGGACUUUGGCAGCACCCGGCGGCAAAAAUGGCGGUCACAACAAUGGCGCUACUCUUCCUUGCCGGCAGCAGCACCGUUUGCGCCGGCAAAUCAGGCCAGCAACAGGGAGGGACCAUCGUCAUGGGCGGGGUUCCGAUGGGAGGAGAGAAGCGAUCCCAGUGUGCCAUGUCCCAGCACACGUGCAACAAUGGCCGCUGCAUUCCGCUGAACAAAUAUUGCAACAACGUCAACGACUGCGGGGACGGAAGCGAUGAGCCGCGGUUUUGUACAAGAUGCAAUCGAACCUACUACGGUGACAUCGGGAUGACCUACGAUCUGGAGCUGCAUCGGCCCAAGGAGGACCGCAUCCCGUACGUGUGCAUACUGACGUUCACCGCCACCGGAGGAAAUCACGGGGACAUCGUGCAGGUUACCUUGGAAAGUUUUACCCUGGGGCGAUUUGUUUCGUACACCGAAAACGGGUGUCCGGAUGGGUAUCUCCAGGUGGCGGAAGCUUACCGGACUCCCGUGGGCGGUAUGUGGUGCGGAACUACUUGGGGACCGGCGAUAUUCUACAGCGAAACGAGAUCGCUCAUCAUGACGGUGAAAUUGCUCAAACUUUCGCGAGAUCAAAGCGGCUACAACUUCGACUUCCGGAUACAGUACAAAGUGCUGGCUAGAGAUAGUGCAGUGGUUCGCUACGGGGGCAUCAAGUACGAACCGGUGCCAGCCUGGGCCAACGCAACCUACAUUCCCAACUAUCCACCGGUGGAUGAUUUUACAAAUUCGACCGCCCACUCGGAACAACAGUACAGUGGCCGUGGUUCUAGCUCGGAUCCCGGAAUGGACCAGAGGAAUCUGUACCAAAGACAGCGGGGAAUCGUCGAGCUAAGUUUCGAUAACUCCACCGGUCGAAGUCUAUCGUCUUCGUCGUCGUCAUCGUCUUCUUCUUCUUCUGGCUUCAAUGGCUUCACCGGGAGUGGAACAAGUGCCGGUUCAAUGAAUUUGUUCAACCAACAUCAUCGAGAGCGGCCCUACUCGAUAAGGAAUCUAACUUCUCUGGCAUUCCCGCCGAGCAGUGGCCAACCGGACAAUUACACCGAACCAAAGUACUAUCUGGGUGACCUAAUGCCCGGGACGUACUGCUCCAGGAUAUUUACCAACUGUGAUAAGAAAGCCUGCCGGUUACAAUCGCCCAACUACCCGGGCGUCUAUCCGAGGAAUCUGACCUGUUACUUUGCGGUCCGACAGCAUGACGUUCCCCCGGGCAAGCACGCCUUCAUCGUGAUCAGCCAACCAAAAGGCAAUCUGGUGUGGAUUUCAACGGACGCCUCGAUUCCGGCAGCCAGCAGCACAACCGGGGACAAGGACAAGAAGUACAAACCUCGGCUGCACACCUGGAACGAAUGCGACAGCGUACAGGACAGUGCUAAUCCCAAGUGGAAAUCCACGGACUACAUCACCGUUUACGAUGGCUACACCACGAGGGAUCCCGUUAUGCUGAAGCUAUGCGGAGGGAACGAACCUAUUCCACCUUCCAUAUCCAGCGGUCCGGAACUUCUGGUAGAAUUCACCACAUCACCUUUCGGAACCUUCAGCAAUCCGGAGACCAGCUCCCAUUCGCUGCACGGCUUCCAACUUGAGGUCUCGGUGAAGUUUGUCGACCUCCAGAGCCCGACGUACGCGAAAAGCAAACGCAUCUGCGAAUUCUGGCUGCGAGGCACCGGUCACGGGGUCCUGCAGAAUCCCCAGCACUCGUUAGCCCCGAACACCACCUGUCUCUAUCACUUGCAAGGUACUGAGGCACGAUCGCUGGAUGCCAUCAAUAUCCCGAGACGUUCGGGAGCCUUGUCAACGUCUCCGACUCGGUUCAAGGUUUGGAUCUCGGUGAUGAAGUUCGAACUGGCUCCGGCCUUCGGGGCUACCGAUGAACAGCUGCAGCAAUUCCAGGUGAAGGAGGAUUGCGGAGGUAUGCUCCGUAUUUGGGACGGCCCACUCAGAGAGGUUCCCGUUUGUAAAGACGUCGAUUGUCUGACAACCGACAAAGACGGCUCUCAACGUCCAGCGAUUCGGUUCGGUCAAAACAGUACCAACAUACUGGCUCGCUUCUGUCGAGGAUCGAUUCCUCGAUCCUGUGAUCAUGGGAUGCUGAACAUGACCAGUGCAAGGCCCUGCUCCCUAACGGAAAGUUUCAUCUCCAGUAGUGACUUCGUGACGUUGGAGCUGAAGACUACGGAAUCUACGGUGUUGCGGCCGUUGCAGUUUGCGCUGCAGUAUGAAUUCGUUGAUUUCCUGCAGGACGGGAUACCGAUCAGUGGCGAGAAUGAUUGCAGCCGACGGUUCGUGAGCAGCCAGAUAGAGAAGAAGGGACCGCACCCGGUGCGGAGUGUGCGAAACAUUUUUAUGUUCGGCCGUGGUGGAGCGAAAAAUUUGAAAUGCAUUUACCGCUUCGAAGCGCAGCGAGGGGAACGAAUUCGGGUAGAAAUCGUCCGGGCGAUGACCGGAAACCGGACCUGCGAUUCCCGGGUCGAUCCGGACAUUGGGCGGUCGUACUGUUUCGGUAACCACAGUGCGCGGAUCGAAAUCCUGGAACGCCCUUGGCACGAAUCGAUUCUGUUCCCCCGGGGUUGCAUUUGCAAUUCGACGAAUAAGUCCUUCCUGCCGAUAGUUUUUACUUCCACUGGGAGGGAGCUGGAGAUCCAUUUUAUUGCCGAAAAUAUGACCAGCUUUGAUGAUCCGGAUAGUUUGAACUUCGAGGCCACGUUUGAGUUUGUCAAGGGUCCGAUCAUGUGUAAGGACGUUAGAAGGAAGAACGCCAUCACCGGGGUUGUAAAUUUGGCUUCCGGAGAUAUGGAGUGCCGCAACCGACCGUGGCUGGUCGAACCCUCGUUCGAGAAGUAUCUUUACAUCCGAAUCCGAGGUCUGUUUCUGCGCAAAAACAAUCCGGCCAUUCCGAUGGCCUACAAUGCCAGCUUGAGCACCGUAACACCGAUCCGGUGCAACACCAAAUCCCGGGUGGUGAUCACCAACAGUGAUGGCGUUUCCAUAACGGCGUGUCCUCUUCCGGAUGACACUUCCUAUCGGCACGUGGUAGAAGUUUUCAGCGCCGGAUGGCACCAGAAGCAUCCGCACUUUGGAAUUGAAAAGUCGAACGUGCUAUCGGUAGAGUUCCUACAGCCGGACGAAGGAGAUUACUCCUUUACCUGGCUGGAGUUGACGCGGAAAACGGGGCGAAGUGAUGCCCUCAUCACCGAGGAGUGUCCGUUUAUGUGUCCGGAUCUGAAUGCGUGUGUAAAUGCGUCCAUCUGGUGCGACGGUAUCGUGCAGUGUCCCUCCGGGGAGGACGAAUCUUUUACCAGCUGUUCGGCGCUGCUGCGACUGCCAGCAGAAGUACUUGCCGGAUUCUGUGUGUUCCUGUUGCUUCUGCUGUUGGCUUUAUCAGCGUACUUGUAUCGGAAAAUCAAACGCAACUGCCGGCGGACGUCGGUGCUGCAGACCCGGCUCAAGUCGCUCAGCUCGAUGGACACGGCCGUGUUCGACGAGAAAGAGGUGAUUUGCUGACAAAGCGACAAUUCUGUGCGGUACGUCGAGAUCGACCGGGUCACCACGGUCUGACCACGCCCCGUGCAGAAUUGUCUUCCCAGAGCGGCUGCUGCAGCCUAAAUAUGUAGAUGAUGUUGAAGGAGGAAGUUCCCACGAGCGAGAGUGCCAAAACGGAGUUAGCUGAAGUCGAUCCAAAGAUCUUCAGAAUCCAGGGAUUGAGAUGAGAAAUCAAAGACGAAGAAACGGAGAGAGAGAGAGAGAGCGAUUGCGAAAAGGAAAACGCGAGAGAGAGUCAUAACCAAUCAAAAACAAACCUUUAAUCCACUAACACUUGUUGUAUUGCAACAGUAGUCAGCAAUUAUUCCGGGUCGAUGCGACUCUUCAUUUAACAAAAAAAGAGAAAGAAAAAAAAUGUAAACCGUUACUGAGCGAUAAUGUUGUUGAGACUUGGUAACGAAAUUAUACAUAGAUAUAACAUCUAACAAUGAAAGUAAAAGUUUAUUAUUAAUAGUAGAUGAAAUGAAAAAAGAGACUUAAAAACUGUCAUUUUUGUACUACGUUUUAGUAAUACUUAAACAAGAAAAAAAACAACAAAAAACUGAGAUUCCAACUUAACUAAAAAACAAAGAACAAACAACAUUUGAGAAACUUAUUUGUAAGUUUCCUUAGCAGAUUAGGCAAAUUGAAAUUCAAUCUAUAGUAGUGAAUUCUAAAUAUAAAUCGAACUUCUUAUUUCGAUGGAAAUUAUUUCGAAAACAUUAAUGUUUUCUCAUCAAUAAACCGGUCGAAUUGGAGGAUAGUUAAACUUGUCUCAAGUUUCAGAAUCGUUUAAUCAUUGAACUAAAAUUUGAAAAACAAAUUUAAAAAAUUGUUUUGUAAUUGUUAAACUGUUGCUUCCUAACCAUAAAUAACUUUGCUCUGAGCAGCGUGUGUUUAAAAUGUCGAUUCAGUUUGAUUGUUUACGACGAGAUGUUGUUUUUUGAAGAUCAAUUUGUUAAAAAAAAUUCCUCCAAUGCGACCGUUUCCAGAAUAAAUAAAUCAACUUACUCCUACUUUAAAAAAGAAACAAGAGUCAACCAUUUUUUCUGCUGGGUAUCCGAGCACUUCCUAAUGAUAGAGCAUAGAAUCCAAUCGAGCUUUUCGAUUGAUUGGAUAGCGGUGCAUGCGUGUAGCGCUAAAAGCGAGCUUUCGAGUCUGCCACAGUAAAGGAAUGAGAUAAUGCCGAGAAAAUUCUUUUUCUGGUUCAGUUUUUCACCGUACUAAAGUCGUCCCAUUCUUGGGAUAGAAAUUUCAAAUGCAUUAAAAGCGAAAAGGUCUCAUUUUCUCGAGACCGUGUUAUGUUACUUGGCAGCUAGAAUGAACUUGAUGAGUCUUUAAAUUUUCUACCAGUCAAGAAAUGACCGAUUUUAGCGUGUAAGUGGUACUGAAAAUGAACCCAUAAUGGAAACCUAUACUUUGAAUCAAAAUUUAAUUAAAUGUGUAAUAGGACGAAGUUUAAAAACAACAGAACAAAAUAAUACCUAUACAAAAGCAAGUAUUUUAGAAUUUAACAAAACCAAUAUUUACCAUAUACUAAAUAUCCGUUUAAAAAGUCAAAAGUAAAAGUAAAUUAGACAAUUUUAAUCAUUCCAAAAGAAGUAAAUUUAAAAUAAAUCCAGAAAAAAACAAAAAGUGGUUACAUCCCGAUGAUGGGGUUCGUCAUGAUUGCUCUGAAUUGCAGAAUUAAAAUAAACAUAGUGAAACGGGGCGAGAAUUUUAGAAUUGUUCAGGAUUGUUACACAUUGUUACCAAUAUAAACGCGUUUUUUUAUUGUAAACGGACCAACUAUUUAAGGUGACGGCAGCAGCAAAAAGCAGCAAAGGGUGGUUAGUGCUCUAGCAUUUUGAAACCAGCAGCGGAAGGUGGAAAUGUUCCACCGGUGUGUGAGGUUGCAGAAAAGAAAGAACUGUAAAUAAGCCAAUUUUACAAAGAACGGUAGAAAUGAAACAAACAAAAAAUAAGACUAGCGAGUUUAUCAAAAAAUUGAAAGAAAGACAGAAACCAAUUAAAAUGUUAGAUUAUACCUAUAGAAAAAGUCGAUCAUAUAUGCUAAGACAUAAGGAAGAAGUUAAAACAAUCAACACACUACUUUUCUGUACAGAGAUUACGUUAACACUUUCAAGAAGAGGAAAAAACAUAAAUUGAAUGUCUAUCGAAUGAUUCGGAAGUAAUUUACCAAAAAACCAACAAACAAA